AUGUUCCCUUAAUUCUCUCCCCCUUAUCCUUCUUCCUUGUGGCGCCACCGCACGACGCGGAUGGCACUUCUCUCCUCCAUGGCCUUCGCUUCACCUUCGAAGUUCACACUUCUUCGCUCUUUUCAUUCUCAUCCUCCUCUUCUUUCUUCUUCUUCUUCUUCCAUCUCUUUCACUUUUCUUCGCUCUGCUUUUUCUGUUCCUCAACGUUUCCACAAAUUUCCGCUCAAUACGGCAAUCCGAUGUGCUGAAAGAGAUGUGGCCUCAACUAAGCCGGGUUUUGAUCCCAAGGCUGGUGUCGCUGUUUAUAAACCCAAAUCCUAUGAAGUUCUCGUCACUGAUGCUGCGAAUUCCCUCGCUUAUGCUCUUGAAGACGGAAAAUCUCGUCUUGAGAUUGAUUUCCCGUAAAGUCCUCACUCUCUGAUGUUUCCGCUUUCGGUUUGCAUGAGUUCAAACUAGGUGUACAGUAACUUCAUAUUUCUAAAACAUGAAAAUGAGACAUUUUAUCCCACUUAGUAGCUGGUAGCGUAACUCACUUGUGGAAGAGUCAAUUGCUGGAUUAUCCCUUCUUCUGUGUUUAACUUCGAACUUCUAUGUGACAAAAGAAAACUUUGAAGUUUUAUGUUUGCAUU